AUGAAGAAUACUUGUUGUGUUCCGCAUUGCGAAAGCAAGCGUCGUAAUUUUAAAUUACAUUGUUUUCCAAAGACUGAGAUAGGACUCAAGUGGGUGGAAAAAAUUAAUUGUGAAAAAUUAAAGCAGCUCAGUGCAGAAGAACUACAUAAGUUUUUUGUGUGUCACAAGCACUUCGAGGCGAGAUUUGUUACCGGCAGUUGGCGUCUUCGCCAUUUUGCUUAUCCCACCUUAUUUACGGCUGACGAAAUAAAUACUGGAAUACCUGCUCUGGAAAUGGAAAACUAUGGUAAUCUACUUAUUUUCCUAUUAGGGAUGCCUUCUUUGAUGUUGUAUUUUUAG